AUGGCGGUGUUGCUGCUGUUGUCGCUGCUGUCGCUGUGGGCGCUGCUGUCGCUGUGGGCGCUGCUGUCGCUGUGGGCGCUGCUGUCGCUGUGGGCGCUACUGCGGCGCGGCCAUGGGCGCGGUCCGCGCUGGGGGGCACUGCACCUGUUGCACCCGCAGGGGGCGCUGCACCUGAGCCGCCUGGCGCGGCGCCACGGGCCCGUGCUGCGCCUGCGCCUGGGAGGCCGCGACGUGCUGGUGCCGAGCUCAGUGGGGACCAUCCGUGAGGCGCUCGUCCGGCACUGGGGGGACUGGCUGGGGCGCCCCAGCAGUUAUCUGGGGUCGCUGGUGUCACAGGGGGGCCGGGACCUGGCACUGGGAGGUCCCUGCCCCGGCUGGCGGCGGCAGCGGGGAGCAGUGCGGGGGGCACUGGCGCGGGCUGGGGGUCGUCUCGGGCCCCUUCUUUGGCUGCAGGGCCGGGAGUUAUGUGAGGAGCUGCGUUCCUAUGGGGCGGCCCCCCUGGACCCCUCUGAGGUGUUCACCUUCCAUACCUGCAGCACCAUCGCACGCCUCCUCUUUGGGGACCUGGUGCCCCCUCCGGGGGAGCUCCGGGCCUUCUCUCGCUGCUUGGGGGAGCUGCUGCAGGUUUGGGGGCGCAGCAGCGUACAAGUGCUUGACCUGCUGCCCCUGCUGCGGGCCCUGCCUAACCCGGGAUUGUGGAAGCUGCUGCGGCUUGUCCAACACCGUGACACCUUUGUGAGGGCCCAGAUCCAGCGGCACCAGGUGGGGAGUCCUGGGGGCAACAAGGGGUCAGGAGCGUGCCCCUCCCCUCCCGUGGACACAGUUUUGGGGGCGCUGCUGGGGCGUAAUUCUGGGGCACGGGGGGGCCCCCUGAGCCCCGCCCGGCUGCACAUGGCACUGGUGGACUUGUUCAUUGGGGGCACUGAGACCACGGCAGCUGCUCUGGGCUGGGCUGUGGCCUUCUUGCUGCACCGCCCUGAGCUGCAGGCGCAGCUGCGGGCAGAGCUGGAGGGGGCACAGGGACCCCCUGGGCCGGGGGACAUGGGGCGCCUGCCCCUUCUUCAGGCCACUGUCAGCGAGACCCUGCGGCUGCGGCCCCCUGCACCCCUGGCGCUGCCCCACUGUGCCCUGCGCCAUACCAGUCUUGAGGGGCUCCCCGUGGUGGCUGGCACUGUCCUGGUCCCCAACCUUCUGGCAGCCCAACAGGACCCUGACAUCUGGCAGCACCCAGAGGUCUUCUUGCCUGAGCGGUUCCUGGCGCCGGGCGCCCCCUCGCGGUCGCUGCUGCCGUUCGGCUGCGGGGCGCGAUCGUGCCCGGGGGAGGGGCUGGCGCGGGCCGAGCUCUUCGUGUUCCUGGGGCUGAUCCUGCGGGAAUUUCGUCUGGAGCCGGGCCCGGGGGGGCUACCGGGGCUCAGGGGGUCGCCGGGCACAGUGCUGCGCUGCCCCCCGUUUCGCCUGCGCAUGGUGCCCUGCCAGCGCCCGGGCUCACCCUGACUCUGGCCUGCCUCCUGACUACAUUUUUACUUUUCCUGAACAUUCUGUGACUCACCUGACAUUUUCUGACCCUUCCUGAAUACACCUGACUUCACCUGAUUCUGUGUGACACUGCCUGAACCUGGCUGACUUUGACCCUUGACUGACCCCACUUGACGUAGGCCUCACCCCUGCCAGCCCUAAUGCCUGACCUUGACACUGGCUAUGACCCCAGCUGUGACCCUACUAAACCCCAUCUGACCCUGCUUGAACCCUGCAUGAUUCCAUCCCAACUCACCUGACCCUUACUAACCUGACUCCACCUGAUCCUAUCUUGUCCCUGCCUGACCCCUGGGUGCCCCCAUUCAAUACCUCAGAUGCCCGAGUCUCCCCCUGAUACCAGGGUCAAUGCAGUGUGGGAGGACCCCAUUUACUUCCUGCCAAUAAAAUUUAUACUUUUGACCCC